AUGAAAAUCCUGGAUAACAUCCAUCUUUAUGGAGGCUGGAAGGCAACAGCCGUGUCUGUCUGCCUUUUGCCCUUCCUGUUGUCUUACAUUGUGACUACAAUUAAGUCUGUCAUUGCUGUGCGCAGUAAAAAGAAUGAUAAAUCGCCCGCUAUUGAUCCAUCAGUGGAUUUUAUAUUUGGGAACCUCAUACCAUUUUCUUUCGACAAUCGUGGAUAUAUGGCACACCUUAUAAAACGUUUCGGUUCCCAUGUGCCUGUUCGAAUUCGAGUCGCCUCCGAUAGCUUUUACUUUGUUUCAGGGCCAGAAUAUAUACUCAAAUUGUUCCGCGGCUCUCGGGAUCUUACUGUCAUUCCUGCCAUGGCGGCUAUUGUGGAACGAAUAUUCGGCGCUCCUCCUGAAGCCAGUGCUGUACUUUUGGAUGACAACACUGGAACCUCACCAAAGCCGCUGCCUGAUAGCAACCCUUUGCCCGCAGACCAACGUUAUCACCAUAUCUCACAUCAAGCAUAUACUGAUAACCUCACAGGUGUGAAAUUGGCAGAAGUCGUAACUCGGUUCCUGACGAAUCUUAGCACAGAACUGGAUAAAAUUGACAUGGGAACAAACGAAUGGCUGGAAAUACCGGAUCUGUACUCUUUUGUGCAGAAUGCAGUAUUCAAUGCUAACACCCUUGCACUUUGUGGGUCUCACAUAUUUGAGAUUAAUCCUACAUUUACUGAGGACUUUUGGAACUUUGAUUCUCAGGUUGGAGGACCACUUAAGGGUAUUUCAAGAUUUUUCAUCCCUGGCGCAUAUAGGAUAAGAGACAAAAUGGUCAAGAGUAUCCUUGAAUGGCAUCGAUCAGCAGAAACAUAUGUCAAUCAUAAUGAUAAGGAACUUGAUAAGAAGUCAUGGGAACCAUAUUAUGGCUCAAGGCUUUUCCGAGACCGAGCACGCCAUCUUUCUAAGAUUAAUGGCUUCGGUGAUCAAGCUCGUGCGGCUAAUGAUCUUGGCCUGAUAUGGGGUGCAAAUUCCAAUAGUGUUCCAGCGAUCGCUUGGUGUAUCCUGGAUAUUAUUUGUCGUCCGGAUCUUCUUUCACAAGUCCACGCUGAACUUGCUUCCAUCACGAAACUAAAUCCAACUGCAAAUCUCGACCAACAAAUGCCUGAUCUUCUAUCUAACCUCCUCCUUCAAUCAAUUUAUUGCGAGGAGCUGAGAUUGCGAAACGCCGCGGCCCUUCAACGCAGUACUGUCUCCUCCGACUUCAAGCUAGGUCCAUGGAAAUUUCCUAAAGAGGCCAUGAUUCUAGCAAGUAUCUGGUUCGCGGGUCAUGACAAGAAUGUCUGGAACGAAGGCGCAAACGGAGAGCAUGAUGUUGAUAGCUUUUGGCCCCAACGUUUCAUUCUUUACCCCAAUAAUUCAUACAGCGGCCCAAGAAAAUCAGAUUCGGGUAAACAUCCAUCUAAGAAGAUCACAAAACCUAAACUCGCAACGGACACGGUCAGCGGCUCCUGGAUCCCUUAUGGUGGUGGUCAGCAAAUAUGUCCAGGUCGAUUUUAUGCAAAGCAAGAAUCUAUCGGGAGUAUAGCGAUGUUUUUGUCCAAAUUUGAUAUUGAGUUGACUGGUGAUAAAAAUCCUGAACCAGACUUCAAGUACUUCUCACUGGGGGUUUUACCACCCAAAGGUAGUUUCCCGGCGAGAUUGCGAAGAAGGUCUGCGAAGGUUUCUGGGUAG